AUAUCUUUACCGUGUGUAUAAAAUAUAUUUUCUAUCAUACAACAUAUUAUAAUGGUAGAUGUUCAUAUUAAACAUGGUCAAACCAUUUUUUGUGAGAGGCAACCAAUCUGUAUGUAGUUCACGUAAAGGAAGGGGGACUUUAAAAGGAGGGGUAUACUAAGCUUUUAAUCCUGCUUUUAACUGUUUAAGUAUAUAUAGAAAAGAUACAGAACCUGCCCAGCAAUAAAGGAGGAAAUUAACUGAUUCCAUCAAUGAUCAGUAGUUAAGCUCAAUAAUGGAAUAACUAAACUAUAACCUUAAAAAUUAGUAUGAGCAGAAAGCCUCACUUCAGACAUUACUGAUUAACCUGACAGUGCUGACAAUUGAUAUAUAUUUAAAGUUCUUUUUUUUUGUACCACAGCACAUAUAAGUGACAUAGUUUUCCUUUUUAGAAAUAAAACCUUUUAUAGAACUUAAAAACGUCUACAGGCCGCUUUGUGUUUAGAAGCAGGAUUACUUCACUGAGCCUCCAGACGUGAGGCCCGUUUUUUUUGGUUGGACCAUUUCCACUUAAAUCCACAGACUAUCCAGUGUUCAAAGAGCCCUUUUUCCUCGUAAAUAACAGCGGAAAACACAAGGGUCUGUAAACACAGCAGAAGCUGGUAUUAAACUCCUCCCUGGAUCACAUGUAGCACAGGGGAAAGGUUCAGGCUAUGCAAUGUACCAUCGAAUGAUGAUAGUGGUUAUUUAUUAAGAACAAGCGGUGCAACUUGUGAACGGAUGUUUUCAUUUUCUCCACGUAGACUGGUAAGAUUUUAAAGUUUUAAUGGUUUGUGUGUGUUGAGGGUGUAGUAUUGAUGUUUGGACUAUUUAGAAAAUUACUAAAGUAAUGUUUUGUGUUAAUCUAGUCAGUCUUUUUGUUAAUCAUUAGAGGGUUAAUUAAGCAGCAUCCUUGUCACUUGAUUGCACAGAGUAAGAUAUAGUAAUAUCUCUUUUAAUGUAGUUUUUUUUAAGUACAUAAGGGAGUAAGAAAAAUACUUUUAACUAUUUGGCAUCAUUAAAUGGGAUUUCCCAUCCUGCCUUUACUGGACUACCCCCAGCUGACAGUGUAAGCAAAGCAUUGCGAUGACAUAGUUGCGUCAUGCACUGCUGAGCUGUCUGCCCAUAGCUCUUUAAGUCAAUAAAAGGACUUCUGUGUGCCAAACAAGCUGGGUUUUGCUAAGCAAAGUUAGAGAAAACUCUGGAGAGGCAUUUGACUACUCAUGUGGAAGCCAGCUCCAGUCAUGUGCUAGUCCUUCUCUGAUCAGUGCCUAAUGAGUGGGGAGUUAUGACGUCCUGCUAAGCCUGUGUGAUGGUCCUACAGCCUCAGACUGAGAACUGCAGCUUAGGUUCGGCACUCAGCUGUACAAUGGCUAACUGGGACUAUGACUAUCUGAUCAAGCUGCUGGCUCUGGGGGACUCAGGAGUGGGAAAGACCACCUUCCUCUACAGGUACACUGACAACAAGUUCAACCGCAAAUUCACAACCACAGUGGGCAUCGACUUCAGGGAAAAGAGAGUGGUUUAUACGGGGACAGGUGUAGAUGGGGCAACUGAGAAGAACUUCAAAGUUCACCUUCAGCUCUGGGACACAGCAGGACAAGAGAGGUUCCGCAGCCUCACCACAGCUUUCUUCCGAGAUGCCAUGGGCUUCCUGUUGAUGUUUGACUUGACCAAUCAGCAAAGUUUCCUCAAUGUCAGAAACUGGAUGAGUCAGCUGCAGGCCAACGCGUACUGUGAGAGUCCAGAUGUGGUGUUGGUGGGUACCAAGGCAGACGUCAGAGACAUGAGAAGUGUUCACGCCAGGCAAGCCAGAGAUCUGGCAGACAGAUAUGGCAUCCCGUACUUUGAGACAAGUGCAGUGACGGGUGCUGAUGUGGACCUGGCGGUGACCACCCUGCUGAAUUUGGUGAUGAAGAGGAUGGAGCAGAGCACAUACGGGGGCCAAGGCUCAGAACCCAAUGGCAGCCCCGUCUCCAGCCAUGAAGUGGAGGAGGCAUCUGUGAGGAGCAGGUGUGCCUGCUGAUGUUGCAACCACCAGCUCCUCUUUUCUCUUUUACACCAUAUAUCACUGCAUUUUGAGAUCCUACCAUUUUCUCGAGAUCUACAACAGCCUGUGAAAUGAGACAUUUGAGAUCCUAAAACCAAGCAAAAUAUAAGCCCAUACUGUACAUGAAAGGAGAAGAGCUUUGGAAAGUUUCAUUUAAAGCGUUAUUAUUGUUACAGUAUAAAUUCGUCUUCUAGUGUUAUUUAUUCACACACUUUGUAUUGUCAGAAACAACAUAAAAGAAAACUGCAAAAUGAAACAACUGUAUGUCCACUUAUAAAAAACUGCAGUACUAUGUAAAAGUCUUGAACCCCUUAUUUCUUUAUAUUUUGCAUCCAAGGAGCCAAACUUUCUUAUUAUGUUGGUCUUUACUUUCUGAAGGUCAUUCAAAGUUUUUCUUUGGACACUGGCUGUUUUUAACACAUUAUCUGAAGAAUGUUUAUUUAAGCCACUUUAGCCUGACUUAUAAUCAUUCACCGGAAAAUAUGCAACUCAACAGAUGAGCCAGUAUUGUGUCUACACAUAGGAAACAACUUGGCAAAUAACCAGUCAAUACCCGUGUCUUUCAAGUUCUUUCUUUACGAUUGAAAACUCAAUUUCUUACUUUUUAAACUGCAUUUCCAUAUAUGUCUGUUUGAAAAACAUUCCUGGCCCUUAUUCCCAUUUUCAAGUAAAGUAGUGGUCCAAAGACUUACACAGCUCUGUGAACAGGUCGAAUAUUGGCUCUUUUGACAUGUUUGUACAAACACACCACAGAUAAAGAUAUGGGUUCAAACAAAUGCCCCAGAGUAAUUUUUAUAAUUCAAAAAAAUAAUUAAAAAUAUAGAUAGAUACAAAACAGAUAGAAAAAGUAAGUACACACUGAUACAUUUAUCUUUCUUUAAGUGUAAAAUUAGGUGGUUGGGUUGCUAGUGUUUUGAAGAACUUUAUGCAGUGAUAUUUAAACAUGUGGUCUGUCUUAUUUAAACCUUUGACAUCU